CAGCAAUAUUAGUACAUGGAGUCUUGAUAAGCUUUCUAUAAAAAUGGCGAAUUCUAGAUAUGAAUAUGUUAAAAAUUUUGAAAAAAAUGAUCAACUCUUGCCUAAUACAUGGAUCGUAAUAAGAUUAGAUGGAAAUGGAUUUCAUAAAUUCUCUAAUAAACAUAAUUUUGAAAAACCAAAUGAUAUUCGUUCACUUAAUCUUAUGAAUGAUGCAGCAACAAAUGUUUUUUUGAAAUUCCCAGAUAUUAUUUUGGCAUAUGGAAAUAGUGAUGAAUAUAGUUUUGUUUUUCGAAAAAAUACUCAAUUGUAUGGUCGUAGAGAAAGUAAACUUGUAACUUCAGUUGUUUCUUUUUUUACAUCAAAUUAUGUAUUUUUAUGGCCCAAUUAUUUCGUCGAUACUAUUUUAACUUAUCCUCCUUCUUUUGAUGCUCGUGUCAUUCUUUAUCCAUCUAUACAAAAUCUUAAAGAUUAUCUCAGUUGGAGACAAGUAGAUUGUCAUAUUAAUAAUCUUUAUAAUACUACUUUUUGGGCAUUGGUUCAAAAAGGAAAUUUAUCAACUACUGAUGCUGAAAAAUUGUUAAUGGGAACUUUGGCCAAAGAUAAACAUGAAUUACUUUUCACCCAAUUCUCCAUAAAUUAUAAUAACGAACAAGAAAUCUUUAAAAAAGGCUCUCUUCUUGUAAAAAAUCAUUCUAAAAAUACUUCUGAUAAAAUAAAUAUUUAUCAUACUGACAUCGUUAGCGAUACUUUUUGGAUUCAACAUCCUUCAUUAUUACUUUAAUUUAUAAUUAUAUAAUCCCUAAUUUAUACUUAUAUUUCUCUUCUUU